AUGGGGCCUGCUGACUCCCGGAGCCACCCGUGGAGGGGAAUCCUGCUCUCAGCCUCACUUCUGACAGCGUGGAGUCCUCCCGCGGCAGCCCAGCUCACCCCCAGUGCCAUCCUGCCUGACACCACCUCAAGUGAGCAGGGUGUUGUUCUGUGUUUGGGACCCCACUGGCCACCCCAGGCCCAUGGCAGAUUCAGAGAAUCCCCGGACAAGCCCACCAUCUCAGUCACUCAGAGCACAGCCACAGAGUACAAGGACAGGGUGACUUUCUACUGUGACACCACGGAACUCCACGUCACCAUCCGCUGGGUCUUCCAGAAUCAGUCCCUGGUGUUGAACGAGCGCAUGCAGCUGUCCGCGGAUGGCAAGACGAUCACCAUCCUCACGGUCCAGCGGGAAGACUCUGGGACUUACCAGUGUGAAGCCUGGGAUGCCCUUGAGUUCCAGAGCAGCGAUGCCAUCUUCCUGGAGGUCAACUAUGGUCCCGACCUUAUCGAAAUCAAGUUGGAUUCAGGUAUUCCCAGCGGGGAGGCGGUCGAGGUUCUAGAAGGCUCCACCGUGAACUUCCAGGCGGAAGCGCAGUCCCACCCAGACCCUACCUAUUCCUGGAUUUUCCCCAACAAUUCCACCCUGUCUUCCACCACGGGGACACUGACCAUCGACGCCGUGUCCAGGGAGCACGAGGGCAUGUUCAGGUGCUUGGUGUACAACAGUGCCACCCUCCUGACCCGCCUGGGUGCUCUUCGAGUCCACGUCCUCGAAAACCUGACCAAGCCUCAGGUGGAGGCCCCGAGCCUGGACCUCGUGGAGACCGUCGGCCCCGUGAACCUGACCUGCCAGACCGCCCAUCAGAGGGUGGCGGUCCAGUGGUUUGUGAGUGAUCAGCCCCUCCUGCCCAGCGAGCACCUGGCCCUGUCAGAUGACAACAUGACCCUGGUCAUCCACAGCCCCCGGCGGGACGACACGGGGCCCUACGCAUGUGAGAUCUGGCACUGGGGCAGCCGGGCUCGCAGUGACCCCCUCACGCUGACCAUCAACUAUGGCCCUGACGGAGUGGAAAUCACCAGCGGGUCUCCGCCUGCUGUGGUGGGCACCGUCCAAGGGAAGCUCAACUCCAGCCUGACCCUGCAGUGCCGGGCCGCGUCCCAGCCAGAGGCGGAAUACCGCUGGGUCCUGGAACACCACUCAGGGGUGUACACGGGGGAGCAGCUGGUCAUCAGGGCUCUGACCCGGGAGCACGAGGGCAUCUGCAGCUGCACAGCCUCGAACUCUCUGACCGGCCUGGCCCGCUCUGCCUCUGUGCUGAUCCAAGUAGGUGAGUCUCUCCGGUGCUCCUCCCUGUCGGCAGGGGCCAUCGCUGGCAUUGUUAUUGGGAUCCUGGUUGCCAUUGCUCUGGUCAUAGGCCUGGGCUAUUUCUUCUACAGCAGAAAAGCCAGAUGGUCCUCAAAGGGAUCAGCGGAUGGCCCCAGCCCCGAGGCCACACCACCCACCUCCGCGCGGGAGCAGGCGACACGGCCCAGUUUCGACAAACCAAGGCCUGUGUAUGACAAUAUACCCGAGCCCCAGGGACAGAUCGGAGCCAAAAAGACACUUGUGAAUCCGGAGCCCGACAUUUACUGCCGAAUCAACCCGUCGGUCUAA